ACAUCUAUGCUUGAAACGGCGUUGCCGUAAAGUGUAGCGGUGGUGUUUAGAAUGAGGAGCUACGUGCCUCACUUGGAGGAAGUGUAUGCUCAUUUUUAAUUAGUGUUUACGGAUAUUGUUGGAGACGACAGCGUCGUCAUGUCCGAGCCCGGUGUGCUGGUCCUGUACGGGAGUCAGACGGGUUCGGCCCAGGACACGGCCCACAGGAUCGGGCGACAGGCGCGCAAGAGGCGGCUGCCGGUUCGCGUGUUUCCUCUGGAUGACUAUAACGUGGCCAGCUUGAUCUCAGAGUCUCUGGUGGUGUUUGUGUGCUCCACUGCAGGCCAAGGAGACCCUCCAGACAACAUGAAGAUCUUCUGGAGGUUUGUCUUUAGGAAGUCUUUGCCCGCGUCCUCCCUGAGUCGCCUGGACUGUGCCGUACUGGGCCUGGGGGAUUCCUCCUACCCCAAGUUUAAUUUUGUGGCCAAGAAGCUUCAUAAGCGCCUCGUGCAGCUGGGCGCCCGCAUGCUGCUUCCUGUUGGGCUGUCAGACGACCAGCAUGACCUGGGGUCCGAUGCUGUGAUUGACCCGUGGCUCGCAUCAUUUUGGCAGAAAGUGUCUGCUCUGUACCCAUCUUUGGCUGGUGUGAUUCCAAUGAGGGAAGAUGAACUGCUCCCCCCAACAUACACGUUCCACUUCCUGGAUGAUGUGGAAGAGAAGACCGAUGACAGGCUGCGGAUUCCCACAGAGUCGACCCUCCCCUCCCAGGCCCGUCCCUUCCCUGCCAGACUAGUGUCCAACCGGAGAGUAACGGACGCGUCACACUUCCAGGAUGUGAGGCUCGUGGAGUUUGAUAUCACAGCGUCCAACAUUGAGUUUGCUGCUGGUGACGUGGUGGUGAUGCCUCCAUGUAACUCGCCAGAGGACGUACAGCAGCUCUGUCAACUACUGAGAUUAGAUCCAGCGGCCAUGUUCACUCUCAAGGCCACAGACUGCUCUGUAGUUCCUGCCACGCUCCCUCAGCCGUGUACAAUCCGCCAUCUGGUGGAGCGCCACCUGGACAUCGCCGCCGUGCCUCGCCGGUCCUUCUUUGAGCUGCUGUCUACUUUCGCCUCCAACGAGACGGAGAAGCAGAAGCUGCUGGAGUUCAGCUCCGCCGGAGGCCAAGACGAGCUGCACAGCUACUGCAACCGGCCCCGACGCACCGCGCUGGAGGUCCUGGCAGAUUUCCCUCACACCACAGCAGAAAUCAAAGUCCACUAUCUCCUAGAUCUCUUCCCUACGAUCCAGCCUCGCUCGUUCUCCAUCGCCUCCUCUCUCCAGGUUCACCCACACAGGCUGCAGAUCCUGGUAGCGGUGGUUCGUUACAAAACCAAGAUGUAUAAACUCAGAAGAGGCCUCUGCUCCACCUGGUUAGCGUCCCUGGACCCUGCACAAGGGGACGUCUUUGUGCCCCUGUGGGUAAAGAAGGGCUCUCUGAAGUUCCCCAAACCGAAAGACACCCCUGUGGUAAUGGUUGGACCUGGAACAGGAGUGGCCCCCUUCAGGUCGGCUUUACAAGAAAGGAUGUCUGAGGGCAAACACGCCAACGUCCUGUUCUUUGGCUGUCGCUCUGAGUCCAAAGACUUCUACUUCAGAUCCGACUGGGAAGACAUGAUGAAGACGGGACAUUUGACCCUCUUCACUGCCUUCUCAAGAGAACAGGAGGAGAAGGUGUACGUACAGGACCGUGUCAGGGAGAACGCUGCCAUCCUGUGGGACUUGAUUGCCAAUAAACAUGCCUGCUUUUACAUUGCUGGGAAUGCUAAAGAAAUGCCAACCGGUGUGUGUGACGCUCUGAAGGAGGUGUUCCAGCAGCAGGGGGGCGUGUCCUCAGAGGAAGCCUCGCAGAUGCUGGAAACCAUGGAGAGGACAGGCCAGAUCCAGCGUGAGACCUGGUCCUGAUCACACGACCUAAACCCAAUAAUCCACCUCACGUUGAGCUGCUGCUACCAGGCUGACUGCAUGACACGACCCCUGAUUUUGAAUAAAAAGUGGAUUCUUCCAUCAUACAAACGUAUACUUUGUAACCAGGCCUCAUCCCUGAGCCACAAAUAAAUAAAUAGUAAUAAUGAA